GAACAAGAUGAAUGAAACGGAGCAGAUUCCAGAGGGCUGAGAGAGUGGAAUCUUCGAAACGCGGAAAUGAGACCGUCGACGUUGAGCGUCGUCGCCAUUGUCUGCGUCGCGAUGGCGGCAACGACAGAGGCCGAAAACGGCGCCAUCGAGUACGAUAUCAAUCACCAGAGACGAAGCACCAGGACAGAGAACGAGGUCGAGGAACAUACCCCGACUGUGCUGGUAGCGUCGACAGGGAACCAGACCGAGGGUGGCAGCGACCAGGAUGACCGAUAUCCUAAAAAGGAAACGACCGCCGCAACGGAAAUCCUCGUCCGGGAGAUUUCGCCAGGGAAAAACACAUCGGGCGACGGAUACGCCAAUGUGGAUUCAUCCGAGCGAGAGGAGAGGCUCUCCGAGGACCCGCUGGCGAUCCCAGCCGGGAAGAGAGUCCCCGCCGACCUGGAGGAGGAGAUCCCUCAACUUCCGGUUCUGGAGUACCACCUUGAAGAUUCCUCGAACGACGUCAUGGGAACCAAGGACAGGUCCGAGGUACCGACGGCGACGCUCUACGUCACUUUUGGGAGCGUCGGACCGCACCACGUGACGAGCGUCCGUCAGGACGAGCGAACAGCGAAUGGCCUGGCCUCGCCCAGUGCCGCCUCCGUUGCGACCGCGGCGACUGGUGCAACUACCGCGGGGACUAUGACGACUUCCGGUAUACCUACGACCAGUAGUUACAUGGAAACGUCCAACGGCACUUUGAUUCUCAUCGAGGAGGCCGUCGGGGAAAUGGCUGUCGAGGACAUUAGGGCCAUAUCCUUUCAAGUGCCAUCGUCCAGAGAUAUCACCGACUUCAACAAUGAUAACGGGAAUCCGAGGAGAAUCAAGAGUUCGAGAAAACUUGGGGAAUCUUAUUCGAUUGACGGAAUAAGGGAGGAAUCAAACCCAUCGGUGGUCCAGCAAGUCAACUCGAAAUCUACUAAAGCCUUUUACGAGAUACGACCCUCGCUGAACACUGAGAUCGACAAGGCGCAUCCUAAAGGAUCCUCCGCGACCACUCAAAGGACCUUCGGCAGAUUCGUCCUGCCCAGCGUCGCCAGUGCCGUCGGCAAAUUUGGUCCAUACUUCGAGGAUGAGCACGAGGAGAUUAAUGUCACUGCUAGAAUUGGCAGUACCGUUUUAUUGGAUUGCAAGAUUGGGAUGCUGGGCGAUAAGAUGGUGACCUGGUUGCAGCACACUAAGGAUUCUAUUAGGCUGUUGACCGUUGGCAGGAAACCAUACAGCGUCGAUCAAAGGAUCAGCCUGAACUUUCGAUACCCAAGCAACUGGAGGCUGCAGAUUCUCUACGCUUCCCUGCGAGACACGGGUCUUUACAAAUGUCAGGUAGCGACGCAUCCGCCACUCGUAAAGAGAAUUAACGUAAUUGUAACGGCUCCAAUUCUGACGAUUCUCGAUGAAGCUGGAAGAAUCAUUGCUGGUGAGAGACACUUGAAAGCUGGAAGUGCACUUAAACUCAAGUGCGAAGCUCGGGAUGUGAUAGAGAGUCAAAACGAAUCUGUGGUCUGGACCAGAGGAGAUGAGACCCUGACAGAGGACGUUAGUGAAAACAGAACGACGUACGCGUCCACGGGGAUGGAGGUCCAGGCGGUUGUUAGCACUCUGGUCGUCGAGAAGGCAACACCCAGACACGCUGGGAAUUACAGUUGCGUUGUUCCAGGACGAGCUAAAACAACCAUAGCCAUACACGUUCUUAACGGAGAGUUACCUGCAGCCGUGCAUGACGGAAGUGGCGUGUCUCGGGCCGUUCUCAAUCUGUGGCUCAUUCACUUGACCAUGAGCUACGUCUUUUGCAGAUGACAGUUUUAAGAUCACUCUAUGGCGACGACCACAGAAGCUGGAAAUAGGACGGAGAGUGCAAAAAAAAAUAACGUGAAUGGACUCACGGACGGAUUACAUCUCCUGCGAAAGCGUCGCAAGAUGAAAGUCCCUGGACCACGGAUGGUGUCGUGAGGACAGAAUUUAGAAAUAAAAUCGUGCGCGAAAUUCUUUAAAUUCACUAUGAUACAGAGAGCGCCGUUGAGUAUGACAUUUCUUCGCUGUCGAAUCAUCGACUAUAGAUCGUCGAUUGUCCCUCGUGAUAAAAACUGACAUCGGGAGUUUCGAAAGUGCCGGGAAAUUCGUUUAGAAUGGAUCUGAUCUUCGAACAGAGCCCAAGGAACUCUUACGGGACGCCGCUUGAGUCAUAGAAAAGACGUGAAACUCGUAUCAGCCAAGGCGUCGCGCAUCGACGAGAACUUGUCCUUCCUUAAUGGCGGUAGUUGGCUCCCCGACGCUGGGCGUCGCCGAUACGUCCAAGCCGUGUAAGACCUUCCGGAAGUAGCUUCCAUCCAACGUAACAUUCUCGCCUAAAGGUACGAGAGAAUGUAGUGAAGAAAAUAGAGGAAGAGAAAAUUUCCACGAACCUGAAGAUCCUUGUUUCCUUACGAUAAUUGACCACGGGGCUGCUUCGCUGUACGAGAGGACAUUUUAUCCGUUCACGAUGGACCAAGUGAGAUUUAACAGGUAUAUCUGGAUUCGUAUCUCCUCCAAAGAAAACUUGAACUUGCCGAUGCUUCUCCCGUGGGAGGGAAGACCAAGAGUUAAAGCAAAGUGUGUUACGAUUCCCACGGCACUUGAGGGAUGAGACUGCCGGAUACCUUGAUUGCGGUAUAGUAUCAUAUAUGUAUAUGAUGCUGCGCUAUGUAGGAGAACUGUAAGAAGUUAAAGUCGGUAUUCAUGAGCGCGGUAAGCAUGGCUGCCAACGUGAGAGGAAACCAUGUCCGUCUGGCGAGAUGGGAAACCAACGUAGACUCCUCGUGGGAAUUCGGACAUAACGUCGACUCUUUGGAACCGGAUGAAGUGUGUGCACUGAAAACGAGAAAGGAGAUAGUGAAUGUGAACGGAGUGACGUAAGAGAAUGGAGUUGAGUAGAUGAAGGGAGGAUGAAUGGAAUAAUUUAUCCCACGAAACUGGAGCAUUCGUCGAUUCAGACACUUUUUCCAUUGAUUGACUAUUUCAUCGAACAAUUUACGAAUGCCGGUGGAAGUUCACGUUGGAUAAUGAUAAUCGAACGUUAUUGAUCGUUGAGCCAAUUUAGUAAAGAGUUUACAUAAUUGUACCUUUAGUAAGAAUUCGUCAAGUUUCGCAUCCUGUUGGCAAUUUUGAAGGUCGACGUUCGUUGAUGCACAAUAAAUUAUGGCUUCUGUCGUUCGAUCCUUGGAGGAAUGUUAUUUAAGAUGGAAGUUGAGCCGAAGAAAGUCGCCAUCCUUUUCUGGAAAUUGUCAAACGUUCGUUAUUGUCAAUAGCCAACUGUUUAUCGAUAAAUAUUUCAAGUUUCAGAUAUUAAAUUAUCUAACGUUUAUGGGAGGAAGUUCGUUUUUAUUCACUUUUGCGAAUGACUCGUACGUGUCCGUUUAUUUAUGAAAAAUUAGAAAACGGACCGUUUAAGGAAAGAAUUGACCGAUUAUUUUUUUCAAUUCAAAAUUCAGAUAAUAAUUCUAGUCUUUUUUAAUUAAUAAAGCAGUACUAAAAGGUAAUAUAAUGAAUACGUCAAGAUUGUAUAGGUCGACCAAACUUUAAGAAUACUUUAGAGAAUGGUUACCGGUCCAUACAGAGGUGUAUGUAUAAGUGCCAUAAAUGUUAGAUAGCAGAGAAAAAGAGCAAUUUCAAAAAUAAAAAUCAAUUGACUACGAACCAAAUCGAAUGCUGUCGAUAAAAAUUUUCUAAAUAUACAGAUUCGAUAUGGAUCAUACUUAAGGAAAGAUCAUUCAAGCUCGAGUAUUAAGCUUAAUUACAGGACUAAAAAAAAUCCUUCUAUAAAUUUUUGUCAUUCUCCCGCGACUACAAUUUGCUCAUUAUCAUUAAUAAAUGAAAAGUAAAGGAAAAGAAGUCAAACUAUUCGAAACUGGAGCCCAUCCCCCUCCAUCUCCCGGUUGGCAAAGAGAACACUACGUAAUGGGAAAGAGCGAAGCAUAAAAAUAAGGGAAAAAAUAAAUAAAGAAAAGAAAAAAAAAGAAAACCACGAAAUUGUGAUAUGUGAAAACGUAUCAAAAGGAGGCGUAUGUUAAGCAAAGUUUUAAUUACAUAGAUACACGAUCGAUCACGAUAAGAUAUAUUUUUAUAUGUAAAUACGGCGUGUUUCUUCUUGUUAUCUCAUAAACGUACCUCGUAAGGCGAUCUAAGUUACGUAUAUAAUCGAUGACGAAUAGGGUGCGAGCAAGCCGAAGGAAGUAGAGAGACGAAAGAGUGGCGCAAAGGGAGAAACGAAAAAAAAAAGAAAUAUACGAAAAAGAGAAAGAAGUUCGAACCAACUAAAGGAAGUAACUUGUUCCCGUAGGAAUUCGCUUUCCUGGCACAGUUACGUAUAUCGACGUCGUGUCGCGUAGAGUCUCGAAGAGUGUGGGGCGUCGCGGAUUCGCAGCACGACGAACCGACGCACAGAAACUGGCUAGAAAAGAGAUCGACGAACAUUAGGAACGAUCGGUAUUUCCCGAUUCCCUUUGCGUGUCCCGAAGGCCUUUCCCGAUUUUCCCAGGCGAACUGCCGUCCUCACGCGGAAUCGAUUACCCGCGACACACUUACUGGCCAGGAUGAUUUAUCAUCCAGGCGUCGCGACGACCUGCUAGUAACCACCUUUCAGCGUUUCCAUGUACCAGGCCAGCAGCUUCCGCGUCCAAUCCCAAACAGGCAUCCUCGCUCUCAGUUUGUCCCCGGGUCCACGAUAAUUCCAGAAAUUCGAUCGACUUAAAUAAGUCUCCACCUGAUCAAUGAAUAAUCAAUGUGCUUAGUUUCGACUAUUGGAUCGCCCGAUAAUACCGAUAAAUAGAAUAAAUUAUACGUUACCCAAAUAUAAAUGUAUCUGCGACGCGGGCAUCCCAGUGCCCGUAUUCUCCUAAAUACCACGAGAUUCCUGGAAUAGCACUGUAACGAAAAAAAAUUAUUAAAAAAAAAAAAAGAAAAAAAAUACACGAGCCCGUAUAACGUCAUUC